CCAGAAGUCGGAAAGUCACAUUUCUCCAGUGCGUCAAAACCAAAGACCGGGGAAGAUGGACUUUUUGUUAGGAUUCUUAUGAACCACAGUUCCUUUUUUGGGGUAAACCAGCUAAUAUACCCACACUACCUUGAAAACUUGUUGACUGACUUUGGAGAUAGCCUGUUGUGAUAUAGCUCGCGCACUGUUACUACUGUGCGCGCACCUGAGGCAGGAGAUAAUGUAUGUAUAGUCUGACCAUGUUGUGAAUUAGAAACAUUAAGUUUUCAACUGUGGGAACAGUUGAUUUAUGAAAGCACUAAUUUAAUCAUGCAGUCCGAUAAAAUUGCUGGUGUGGAGACGCUUGAUAAAGGUAACGCUUCUACAUUUGGAAUAGUUGAGAAGAUUGUCAAGACAACCGGUGGACAGAUGUUGCCGUAUGGACCACUAGUCUGGAAGGCUCUACUAAAUGCACCUGCAUAAUGCCGUCAUGCAUGGGUUUUAAGAGAGAAGGGGACUUUUUAACAGGGAAGCCAGAAACCAGUGCGUGAGACUACCCUUUCCAAGUUUACUUGGUUACAAUAAACGCUUUCCAAAGAGAUGGCUUCCGAAGUGGUGUGUGGACUGAUCUUCAGAUUGCUCCUUCCAGUAUGUCUAGCUUCAGCUUGCUUCUUCAGGUACAACGGCCUGUCCUUUGUCUACCUCAUCUAUCUCCUGCUCAUUCCGCUCUUCGCAGAACCUACGAGCACAACCAUGCAGGGCCACACCGGGCGUCUGCUCAUGUCGCUGUGUUUCACAAGUAUGACAUUCCUACUUUUUCACAUCAUCUAUCAGAUCACCGUCAACAGCCUGCUGGCAGCCAACUCCAUCGACCCUGGCUUCAAUUGUUCCAUGUGGGAGAAAUCCAUAAGACAAAUUGGCUUUGAGAGUGUGGUUGGGGCUGAUGCAGGGAAUGGCAUCCGUGUGUUCAUCCCUGACAUUGGGAUGUUCAUGGCUGGUCUGGCCACCUGGCUGCUGUGUCGCAGUCUGGUACAGCAGAAGAGGCCUCCUGAGGAAAUGGCCCAGGACAACGCAGAAUACGAACCUGAGGACCAGGAGGAAGAGGAGAAGCUGAGCCUGGAAGACAACGUCUUGUUUGAGGAAGACUUUGAGGCGGGGUACGAGGCAGAGGAAGAGGAAGAGGACGAGGAGCGCGGGGAGGGGGAGGAAGAGGAGGACGAAGAGGAGGUCGAAGAGAGCACCAAGAUGAAGAUCCUGCGCCGCGUGGCGGGAACGGCGUCCAAAGUGAAGGAAAUCAUCGGCAACCUGAUCACCACAGCAGGGAAAGUGGUCGUCACUAUCCUGCUCGGCUUGACAGGUAUCAUGCUCCCCUCGCUGACCUCAGCAGUCUACUUCUUUGUCUUCCUGGGCCUGUGCACCUGGUGGUCCUUCUGCAAGACGUUCGACACGCUCAUAUUCAGCUGCAUGUGCGUGCUCAUGGCCAUCUUCAGUGCCGGACACCUCAUCGUGCUCUACCUUUACCAGUUCCAGUUCUUCCAGGAGGUCAUUCCUCCACGGGACAGCUUCAUCAGCCUGUUUGGUGUCUCGUCCAUCGUGCAGAGCGACUGCUCUCAGACAUGGAAACUCAUAGUGAACCCUCAACUCAAGUGGCACCACUUUGUCAACCCCAUCAUGCUGCUGCUGCUGUACUACACCCUGGCCACCCUGAUCCGCCUGUGGCUGCAGGAACCCCUGGACACGGAGGAAGAGGAGGAUGAUAUACAUGAAGAGGAGGAGGUUAUUGUGAAUGGCACCAAUAAUUCAGCCGACAAGAAAAGGCAGCGCUGGUGGAAGGCACAUCAAAAAACCGAGGACAGAAACCUCCUCUCUACGCAAGGCGGCUUCAGCACCUCAGAGGGUCUCGUGGUUACUUCCAAUGGGACAUCUGUGGACUACAUGCCCACCAUCAACUCCACUGAGAAUGGACCACCCUGUCUGGACCUGUACUCCACCCCCCUGUACAAAAUGGACAAGUCCCACGCCAUCACAGAAAAGAGGGAUGUGGGUGUGUAUGAGGUGGGGCAGGGUCCGGGGGAGAUCCUGAUGGUGGAGGGAGCAGAGGAGCAGAAAGAGGAGGAGUGGGAAGAGGAGGAGGCGGAGGAUGAGAAGGAGCCAGGCAAGAUCAGCUCUGCCGUCACCGUCUUCAGGUUCAUCAUGAAGCAAAGCUACAUCUGCGCUCUCAUCGCCAUGAUGGCGUGGAGCAUCACCUACGUGAGCUGGCUGACGUUCGUCUUCCUGAUCUGGUCGUGCACGUUGUGGAUGGUGAGGGACCGGCGGCGCUACGCAAUGCUGACCUCCCCCUUCAUGGUGCUGUAUGGGGACCUGCUGCUCGUGCUGCAGUACAUCUGGAGCUUCGAGAUCCUGGAGCCCAUCCCCGACCUCUUCCUCAAGAAGAAGGUGCCCUUCAGCGAGCUGGGCUCCAAGGUCCUGUGUCUGCUCAGUUUCUGGCUGCUGCUGAGACAGACUCUGACGGAGCGGAUGGACAAGCAGAAGGAGGAGGCGGCUGUCCUCACCGACGUCCAAGUGGACGACCAGAAGAAAGACAAGGAGGAGGAGAGUGAAGAUGCGGGCGAGCCAGAUAUCAUGCAGGUCCUGGGGAACAUGCUCAUGGCUCUGCUGGUCAAGUACUGGAUCUACAUCUGCGGAGGCAUGUUCUUCUUCGUCAGCUUCGAGGGACGCAUCGUCAUGUACAAGAUCAUCUACAUGAUGCUCUUCCUCUUCUGUGUGGCACUCUAUCAGGUGCACUAUGAGUACUGGAGGAAGAUCCUGAAGUACUUCUGGAUGUCAGUGGUGAUGUACACCAUGCUGGUCCUCAUCCUGGUCUACACCUUCCAGUUUGAUUCUUCUCUGCUCUUCUGGAUUAACUUGACGGGCAUGAGCAAGGAAAAGCUGGAGGACCUUGGUCUGAAGCGGUUCUCUGUCCCCGAGCUCUUCACCAGGAUCUUCAUCCCCACUUCCUUCCUGCUGGUGUGCAUCCUACACCUGCACUACUUCCACGACCGUUUCCUGGAGCUCACUGACCUGAAGGCUGUGGCUGCCAAGCAGGACAGCAGCAUCUACAGACUGGUGACCCAGGACGGCAGCCUGGCUGAUAUCGCCAUGCUCAGUACGUCCUCCAUGGACGGAGGGACGCCGAGGGACGAGGACAGAGAGAAAGACAAGGAGCAGGCCUUGGUGGUGGUGAUGGAUGACAUGGAGGUGGAGAAGCAGCAGAAGCGCUCCGUGGCCUCAGACCCCCGCCAAUCCAGCACCGAGGAGAGCCGUCACACCAGCGUGGGGACCGAGCCAGACCCUGAACCCCCAUCAGAACAGACCUCAGAUCUGAAGAACAAGUGGCACCUGGUGGUGGACCGACUGACUGUGCUCUUCCUCAAGUUCCUCGAGUAUUUCCACAAGCUGCAGCUCUUCGUCUGGUGGCUGUUGGAGAUCCACAUCAUCAAAAUAGUGUCCUCUUACAUCAUCCUGGUGUCUGUCAAAGAGGUGUCCCUGUUCAACUAUGUUUUCCUGGCCUCCUGGGCCUUUGCUAUGCCCUACAGCCAGUUUCGCCCACUGGCUUCCAGUGUCUGCACAGUCUGGAUCUGCGUCAUCAUCAUCUGCAAAAUGUUGUACCAGUUGGAGUCUAUAGACCCACCCUCAUACUCCAAAAACUGCUCCAUGACUUUGAACUUCACAGACCAGGAGGAAGAGAAGUCUCUGUUCCAUAAGGAGCUGGUGGACCCAGCUAACUGGGUGGGCCUGGAGAAGUUCGACCCUCUGCUGGAGAACCUGAGGAACAACCUGCUGAUGUUAGCCAUUCUGGCGUUUGAGGUGACCAUCUACCGUCACCAGGAGUACUACCGGCUGAGGAACAAGCUCACAGCCCCUGCUGCUAGGAUCAUCUUCCACAACAUCACACGACAACACCUGGACAUGGGCCUAGUCAACUUUGUCAAAUACUUCAUUAACUACUUCUUUUAUAAAUUUGGACUGGAGACAUGCUUCCUGCUGGUGGUGAAUGUGAUAGGUCAGCGUAUGGACUUCUAUGCCAUGCUGCAUGCCUUUGCUUUGAUAGCCGUCAUGUACAGACGCAGGAGGAAGGCCAUCGCUGAAGUCUGGCCAAAGUACUGCUGCUUCUUGGCCUGUAUGCUCACCUUUCAGUACUUGGUCUGCAUUGGAAUCCCACCUGCAGCUUGUACAGAGUACCCAUGGAGGUUCCCUAGCUCUACCGUGGACUCCAAUGUGAUCAAGUGGCUCUAUAUUCCUGACUUCUACACCAAGCCCAACCCAAUGUUCCUUGUCUAUGACUUCAUGCUGCUGCUGUGUGCGUCCCUCCAGAGGCAGAUCUUUGACGAGGAAAACCAGGCCGCCGUUCGUCUCAUGGCUGGCGACAACGUGGAGAUCUGCCGAGACCUGGACGCUGCCUCGUUCAGCGUUCACAACCCUGCCCCAGACUUCAUCCACUGCAGGUCGUACCUGGACAUGCUGAAAGUGAUCAUGUUCAGCUACCUGUUCUGGUUCGUCCUCACCAUCAUCUUCAUCACCGGGACCACGCGCAUCAGUGUCUUCUGUAUGGGCUACCUGGUGGCCUGCUUCUACUUCCUGCUUUUCGGGGGCCAACUGCUGCUCAAGCCAAUCAAAAAGAUCCUGCACUACUGGGACUUCCUGAUCGCCUACAAUAUAUUCGUCAUCACUAUGAAGAACAUCAUGUCAAUCCUUGCGUGUGGGUACAUCAACUCCCUGAUGGUGAACCACUGCUGGCUGAUCCAGCUGUGCAGUCUGGCCUGCACCAUCAAAGAAUACAAUAUCAACACCAACCAGGACUUCCUUAGUCCUGAUAAGAAGUGCGAGCUUCCCAGUGAUGAAGCUGGGAUCAUCUGGGACAGCAUCUGCUUUGCCUUCCUGCUGCUGCAGAGACGUGUCUUCAUGAGCUACUAUUUCCUGCACGUGGUGGCAGACAUCCGCGCCUCCCAGAUCCUGGCAUCCAGAGGAGCUGAGCUGUUUCAGGCCACCAUAGUGAAGGCAGUCCGAGCUCGACUGGAGGAGGAGAACAGGUCCAUGGAGCAGCUGAAGAGACAGAUGGACCGUAUCAAGGAGAGGCAGCAGAAGUUUAAGAGGGGGAAGGAGAAGAUGCUCAUCCUGGCCCAGGAGUCUGGGGAAGGACCCCAGCUCAUUCAGCCUGAGGAGGAGGAGGAGGAUGAUGGAGCAGAGCGACAGAAAGCCAAGACCACAAAAAAGCAGUGGUGGAGGCCUUGGGUUGACCAUGCGUCCAUGGUUAGAAGUGGAGAUUAUUACUUGUUUGAAACUGACAGUGAGGACAGUGAGGAGGAGGAGGAGAAAAAAGAAGAGGAACCACCUAAGAAGUCAGCGUUUCAGAGAGCUAUUGGAAAGUUUGCCUCAGCUCUCUUGGCUUUGCCAAGGUCUAUCAUUAAACUGCCCAAAACUAUACUGCAGUAUAUUGUCAGGGCAGGCAAGUUUCUUUACCAUGCGUGGAUCACAGAUUCCAAAACCGCCAUGAAGGAACGAAGCAGAGAGAAGCGUAAAUUCUGGAAGAGAUACACAAGAGGAGAAAAACACAAGAGAGACAAGAAGGAAGGCCACGUGGCUAUCGAAGUGGGAGAGGUGGAGGAGGGUCAGGAGACAGAGGAGGAGAAGAAGAAGUCUGCCGGCCCAGACAACAUCCUCAAGCGCGUCUUCAACAUCAUCAAGUUCACCUGGGUGCUGUUCCUGACCAUGGUGGACAGCUUCACCAAGUGGAUGAACGACAUGUGCAGGGAGCACAUCGACAUCUCCACCGUGCUGCGCAUAGAACGCUGCAUGCUCACCCGGGAGGUCAAAAAGGGGAACGUGCCUUCGCGAGGUAGCAUCCAGGUGUACUACCAGAAGCAGAUGAGGAUCAACAUGUCCCGGGAGUCCAGCCUGGAGCGCCUCAGCGAGGACGGCUCGGCGUCGGGCUCCCGCAGGGCCCGCAGGAAGCGCGGAGGCUACAGGAUGGAGAGCCAGGACAGCAUGGCGUCCAGGGACAGCCUCUCCAGUGCCUACACUGAGGCCACCAUGCUGAUCUCCCGUCAGUCCACGCUGGACGACCUGGACGGAAUGCCAGAGUGCAUUCCCAAAACCAGCGAGCGUGCCCGCCCCAAGCUGCGCAAAAUGUACGGCCUGGACGCCUCCUACUCCUCGGCUGACAGCGGCAGCAGCGCCGUGUCCAGCGAAGCCACCCAGUGCGUCACACUCUACUCCAGACAGGGCACGGCGGACACCAUAGACGAGGUGGAGGACGAGCAGGACCAGGGCCAGCACGGGCCCCGUAGGGAGGGGGCUGACGGAGCAGAGGGCGGCCCCUGGGAGGGGGCGGAGUCCGGGGAGGAGGGAGAGGAGGGCCGGUGCAGGCAGGAGCGUCUGUGGAGCUCCGCGGGUCCUGCAGACGACCCCUCGGCAGCCCUGUCCGGCCAGGACUACACCACUGAGAGCGACGAGGGGGGAGGCAGGCAGGAGUACAUGCAGACAGACGGGCGUGCGCGACAGCUGCACACCCCCAACACCGACGCUCCCAACACCUCGGACGCGGACGUGCCGCCCAGUUACAGCAAAGCGGUCAGCUUCGACCGCCUGGAGGUCAGCGAUGACGACAGUGACCUGGAAGACAGAAGGUUGAUGGCGAUGACCCCGGACAGCAGGUCGGACUGCCUGUCCGACCCCCUGUUGCCCUCUGCGACCACGGAGUUGACCGCCAGCGAACUGCUGCUCAACAAAAUGUUCUAUGACGAAGAGCUGGAGAACUCGGAGAAGUUCUACAACAGCCAGCCUCUGGUGUUGCAGCUGUGCUAUGCCCUGUACAACAUGCUGGUGGCUCACUCUGAGAUGGUCUGCUACCUGGUCAUCAUCAUCAACCACAUGGUGUCUGCCAACUGUACCACCCUGGUGCUGCCCAUCCUCAUCUUCCUCUGGGCCAUGCUCUCUGUGCCGCGGCCCAGCAAACGCUUCUGGAUGACAGCUAUCGUCUACACAGAGGUCACCAUAGUCAUCAAGUACUUCUUCCAGUUUGGAUUCUUCCCCUUCAACCAGAACCAGAAGAUUGACAAGAACAAACCUUACCACCCUCCUAACAUCAUCGGUGUGGAGAAGAAGGAUGGCUACGUCCACUACGACCUGAUUCAGCUCCUGGCCCUCUUCUUUCACAGAUCCAUAUUAAAGUGCCAUGGCCUGUGGGACGAGGAUGAUCCCAAGGAGACUAAGAAGGACCCGCAACAGCGCGCCGAAUCAGAGGACGAGGGCCAGGAAAAGGAGAAAGAGAAGGAGGCCGUCCCACCAGCCGUCCAGGGCAGGAGAAGCUCCACCCACACCCUGAAGUCCAUCAACCUGGGAACCUCAACGGACUCUGUGCACGUACAGAUGCACUGCCCCCAACAGCAGACCUACCAACGCCGCAAGAGCUCCAGCGGGGCGUCCCACAUCUCCCAUCGCUCCAGCCACUCAGCACGAUCCAAGAGAGGUAGCACGAGCACCCGGAACAGCAGCCGUAAGGACGGCAGUGAGGCCAGCGUCCAGCCCAAGACCCGCAAGCAGCUGAUCAUGGAGAAGAUCAGGGAGCAGCUGAUCAAAGCCAGGGUUUUCAUCAUGAAAUGGGCUCUUGAGAUCUACUCGCCCAUUCGUCAGUUUUUCUACAACCUGAUUCACCCCGAGUACAGCGCAGUGACGGACGUCUACGUGCUGAUGUUUCUUGCUGAUACCGUUGACUUCAUCAUUAUCGUUUUUGGAUUCUGGGCUUUUGGGAAACACUCAGCAGGAGCAGACAUAACCUCAUCGCUGUCCGAGGACCAGGUGCCUGGGCCCUUCCUGGUCAUGGUUCUGAUACAAUUUGGGACCAUGGUGGUGGACCGGGCCCUCUACCUGAGGAAGACGGUCAUGGGGAAAUGUGUGUUUCAGGUCAUCCUGGUGUUUGGCAUCCACUUCUGGAUGUUCUUUAUUCUUCCCGGAGUCACAGACAAACGUUUCAGUGAGAACUACGUGGCUCAGAUGUGGUACUUUGUGAAGUGCUUCUACUUUAGUCUGUCGGCCUAUCAGAUCCGCUGUGGCUACCCUACACGUGUGCUGGGCAACUUCCUCACCAAGAGCUACAACUACGCUAACCUCUUCCUUUUCCAAGGGUUCCGCCUGGUGCCGUUCCUAACAGAGCUGCGAGCGGUGAUGGACUGGGUCUGGACGGACACCACGCUCAGCCUGUCCAGCUGGAUCUGCGUGGAGGACAUCUACGCGCACAUAUUUGUGCUCAAGUGCUGGAGGGAGUCAGAGAAGCGCUACCCGCAGCCCCGGGGACAGAAGAAGAAGAAGGUGGUGAAAUACGGCAUGGGAGGGAUGAUUGUGGCCCUGCUCAUCUGCAUCGUGUGGUUCCCCCUCCUCUUCAUGUCCUUGGUCAAGUCCGUGGCAGGGGUGGUCAACAAACCCCUGGAUGUGUCUUUUACCAUCACCUUGGCUGGCUUUCAGCCAAUAUUUACCAUGAGUGCUCAGCAGAACCAACUGAAGGAGGUCUCCGAGUCAAACUUUAUGGGCCAAUUCAUGAAGUCGUACUACGGCAAUGAUGAGGCCCUGCAGUGGCUGGAGGGCUACACACCAGAGGACCUGACCAUUGCUGAGCUGGAGGGGAGUUCCAACUCCCUAUGGACCAUCAGUCCCCCCAGUAGGAAUAACCUCAUCAAGGUUCUGAACGACUCUGAAGAGUUCCCCAUUACUGUAGCCUGGUCCAUUCAAAGGAACUUGACUCUGGGGGCUAAGGCUGAGACGGCGACAGGAAAGCACGUUACAAAUCUGGACGACGAGACCAAGCAGGAGCUUGUGGAGUUGUUACUGGACGUAAACCCUAGCAGCACAAAGACAGUGGUUAUUCAACAUGUUUUGCCUCGUUAUCUCCGAGCUCCGAGUGACUCUGAAUCCAAGCCCAUAGACCAGCUUUACAAACGUGAUGCCAAGGAAGACCCCGUGUGGUUUAACAUCACCUUGACCCUGAAGAGAACCAACAACGACACAGGGAAGACGCAGGAGUGGUGGAUUGUCAACCAGACGGAAGCAGCCCCAUUGAAAAUCAGGAGCUCCAAGAACCAGUAUUCAGCAGGCCUGGAGCUCUAUGUGUUCAGCGACCAGGUCAGCCCUCCGAGCCUGGGAUUCCUGGCUGGAUACGGGAUUAUGGGGCUGUACGCGUCCGUGGUGCUGGUCAUUGGAAAGUUUGUUCGUGAGUUCUUCAGCGGAAUCUCCCACACCAUCAUGUUCGAGGAGCUGCCCAACGUGGACCGCAUCCUGAAGCUGUGCACGGACAUCUUCCUGGUCCGAGAGACGGGAGAGCUGGACCUGGAGGAGGACAUGUACGCCAAACUCAUCUUCCUCUAUCGCUCCCCAGAGACUAUGAUCAAGUGGACCAGGGAGAAGACCCAGUGAGCCUCACCAUGCCCACCACAAGAACACUAGUGACAUGAGAAGUGACCAUGGCACAGUGACUGGCACAGGCCUUUGAGGCGGGGACUUCUCUCACGCUUCGAGUGGGGUGUAUCUGGCACUGAGCAGUGGUUUAAGAGCUCUUGUGGUGUGUGUGGAUUACUGUCCCUGCUUUCCCACGGAAGAACGACAUGGGAUGACCGACUCUGUCUCUGCCCCUGGAAAAGCAGGCUGCUCAAACAGCAGUGUGGAUACAGGACAGUGUUAACCAAGGGCUUCCCAUUCAUGGAUAAUGACCAUAUAGAUCCAAUGUGUGCUCACAAUUCUGCAGCUCACUUUUCAGACGGUUUCCAAAUGGAGUUCCUGGAUUGUGGGGUUGUGCAAUACAUAACUCUCAGCCUCCAAGGCAGCCUAUUACGAAGGAGGACAGAAUCUAGAGGCAGCUUCUGUUCUGGCCAAGAUACAGAAAACCCCUAAAAAGGCACUCUGUCAUGUCUGAGACUGAGACGAGCCAGUUUUGAAAAACAAAAUACAGUUAUUACACAAUCUAUACUUGCCUUACUUUGUUAGUGUGAGAAACUAAAAGUGUUUUAGUUAUCAAAUAUAUCUCUCAGGAAAAAACAU